CAGCAAUAAUGUUAGAUUUCUGAGGGCUUGUGUCAAUAAUCUCCCUUGACAUUGCUAUUCUACCAAUGUCUCUUACCAUGGCUCAUUUAUGACAUUUCUCACCUAAUGAAGCCAUGAACCCAGGGCAAGCCAAUCGUUCAUCCGACGCCUCGGCAAAGGGGGUCGCGCAAGGGAAUGCCACCGCUGGCCUGGGACGUGGGUCCGAUGUCGAAGGGGCUUCAUUGUCUCGAGCAACGGGCUUCACUGGGUCCGUAGAGGCCGCAUAUUCGGCUGCAGCAGCUGCGCCAAAGACUCGAUACAAAACGCCUUUGGCAUUCAGUAGGCUUCCUGACUCCGUCAUCGAACAUAUAUUAAUUCUCGCCGAUCCCAAUACAUUUUCAUCACUCGUAUAUUUGAAUAAACACUGGUAUCGGAUCUCCCAGCAAGCUAGGCUAUAUGCGCAUCAGCUCUCUCGCUGUGCGGACACAGCAACAUAUUCAUCAGAGGUUGUUGGAACAUAUGCCGCUCAUUCCGGGACUGCUGUGGUCGCAGAACACGAUCUCCCUUCUCUUCGACAAAAGUUCGCCAUAGAGGCGAAGCGGAGUUUGUUUGCAGCUUACGGCGUAACGCGGAAGACCAUUGUCAACCUCAUCCCACCAACUGCUAGCUCCUCGGUAGCUACUCCAGUCGGAGAAACUCUCCGAUUUUCGAUCACACAUAAUGGACAUAGAGUUCUUGCGUGGAGUUCAUCAAGGAUAUUCGUCAUUUCUACGGCGAUCAACAUACCGAGGGUAGAGCGGCAAUUCAAAGUGCAAAGACGGCCGGUGACAGCGGAGCUUGAUGAUUCUGGAACGACACUGGCAGUGUUGCUCGUCGAUCACCGCAUUAAUGUGUAUGAUAUCAAGAGCCCCAAGGCUGCCCGAGUGUGCAGCGUCCUUCCCGACAAUACUCCUCGAGCAAUUGCAUUGUCUCCAGACUCCUCGGUCCUGGCUGUUGCCUUUGAUGGAGGUGUAGAGAUACACUCUUUGAUUCCUGGCAGCCUUCCAUCUUCCAGGACUGUGAAAUGUGAUCAAAUCGACGACUUGUCAUUUUCAAGAGACGGUUCUGUCUUGCUUGGAACUACACUUCAAUCUUCCUCAACGGGAACUGUGAUUUUAUCGGCUCCACCGUUUGCGCCGGAGGGAAGCGAUGAUUCUUCUUCCCAUGGAAUAAAUCAGACAUGGACGACCCAAAUCAUCUUUCCACAGUCCAGCCGUCAUCUGAGUCAUGCCGUGAUUCUACCUCAUGUGAUAGAUGGUGAGACUGGCUGGGUCUUCGCUUUUGACGAGAUUCAGAGAGCUUUCAGGGCUGUUCGUAUUGAGGACCCAAAUACUGGAUAUGAUCUAUUUACAUUAUCAUCAUCGGGCAGCCAAACGACCGUGACGCUACCAAAGGUGAAUCCAAGCGCUUCUAAUGGUGGCGGCCUGGUUGUCGCUGCUGGUCCAGGAAAUCAAGUCUAUUUCUAUAAAGUCCCAGAAAUCCUGGACGAGGCAUUCCCCAAAGCCAAGACUUUCACAGGUCGCCGAAUUCCAGUAAUCGAGGACUUAUCUGCGAUUCAAUGGGUCUCCCUCCAAGAGGGGCAGCAUUCCGAUGUAUCUGAUCAUUGCCGAUUACUUGCGACGGCUCAGGGAAGCCAUUCCAGUCCCGACGAUUACGAUAUUGACGGGUCUGACUCUGCAGAAGGUGGUCGACUUCUAUUAUUCGACUUUGGCCAUCUUAUUGGUGAUGAAGUAUCCAUAAGUAUGUGUUUGAAUCUGGGAGAAGGUGAACCUGAAUUACUAGAAGAGGAAAAAUUGCAUCAUGAAGUCGAGGUCGCCAUUGCCCGUAGACGGACCAUUGCGCAGGGGAGGUCUGUUGCUAGCAGGUCGACGGAAUCAAACCGCGGAAACCCUGAGAUAGACGCAGAACCUACCACGCAAACAAACUCGAGAGGCCGGAUUCAUUCGGAGCGCCGUCGACAGCAGUCAGAUACACCGUUGGCAGCAUCAUUAACUGAACCUUUUCAACCAAACCACCCUACUACAGCCUCUCCUGCUAGUGAAGAGAUCCCGGUUAAUGAAACCCAGGAUAUGUUUGAUACCCCGUAUUCGCACAACCAACCUCGUUCGCCUUCAACACUCCAACGCGCUGCGACAGCUGCCGCCGCCAGCAGGUCGCGCUCAGAGAGAGAACCUGAGCCAGUGGUGGCACAGCCUCAGAUUCAACCUGCAGACGAUGCUGAUGGAUGGGUUGCGCCUCCACCGCCUUACAAACCGGAUCCUGACGAGCCGUUGCCUGAGCACCUCCGACUGACUUUACUCCCUCGAAGCACCGAGCCUGUACGAAGGGUGACGAGCUUGCCGGACCAGCCUCCUCGAGCAGCCACUGACUUACAACAACACUUGUUAUCUGCUGGGACGAUUGGGAGAUCGCGUAGUAGAAUUGGCCGCGCCAGCGCAUCUUUGAGUGCAGGUCUUUUCCCGGGCAGAAGCCCAUCUAGUGAGCGGCGACGGAGCCGAAGCAAAUCGCCGUCUCCGCAGCCUGAAGACUCAGUCACAACAUCCCGUCGAAGUUCGGACUUGGAGCUCUCAGCCAAUAUAAGCCCGGUCUCUGGGCUUAGCCUUCCCAGCGCAGAGCAGCUGGCAAGUUUGCAAAACCGGGUAUCCCGUCCGCCGAUGCCAGAACACUCACAAAGCGAUAUGUCGAAUACUCGCUCACAACGGCUCUCUCCAUCGAAUGUUAGACCGUCAUUGUGGUCAGUCGACUCCAUGGCGGAUACCCAGCAAUCAUCACCACCCGAAGCCGGAACAAGAGCCAGUAGGUCUGGUCGACGAGGAUCUGCAUAUUCUUCAUAUUCGUCAGCGCCCGAUCUCCAACGCCCUAAUCUGACGAGGUUAGAGACAAUUCAUAGCGUAUCGUCUCUCAUCUCGCACUUAUCCCGGCCGCAGUCUCGGCCGAGAUCACGAGAGACACGCUUCGAGGCAUUUCCGUCACGAAGUAGGUCGCAGACGGCGCGGCGCGCAUUACGACGACCACCACCACAGCGUACGGCAUCUGCUUCUGGCUCGCGCUUUCAGGAGGUUGGUUUGGGGCCGGUUACCAACGGCAAGGCCACCAAGGCAGAGAAGAAGGCGGCGAAGAAGAUGAAAAGGAAAGAUCGAGUAGGCGUGAAUGACGAAGGGGAGAGACGGGCCGACGCGACAGCCGCAGGCGAUACAACUGCAGAGGGCGGGAAGAAGGCGGCAAAAUGCAUGGUCAUGUAGGGGGCAUGUUCCUGACCAGGCACGUUUUGAGUAGCGUUACUUUUUGCGAAAAAAACGCACACUUGGGUGUUAAAUAUACCUAUGCCGUAUUUGACAAGGCAUCUGCAUUCUAAUUUACUCGUACAAACAAAUAUAAAGACUAAUUGCGAAAAUGGCUUGCAGCCCGCAGGGGU